UAUAUCUAGGAAUUGAUGAAUAGAUUCAAUAUGGUAUUGUCUAUGUACAACUCGGACCAAAGUCCCCCUUGCCGCGCAUGCCAAAUGGUGUUGGCGUAUUUGAAACUGCCGGUUAAGUACAUCGCCGUCGAUACUCUUAAAAAGGACCAUCUUACCGAGGAAUAUCUAAAGAUGAAUCCACAACACACUAUUCCUAUGUUAGUCGAUGAUGACUUCAUUCUAUGGGACAGCCAUGCUAUAGCCUCAUACUUGGUGACGAAAUACGGGAAGGAUAACCCUCUCUAUCCAUCAGACCCCAAGAAGCGGGCUGUCAUUGACCAGAGACUUCAUUUUGACUCCGGAAUCCUAUUCCCAGCGCUGCGUGGUGCAUUCGAACCCAUUAUAUACUUUGGUGAAAAAAAACCAAGGCCAGAAGUUUUGGAGAAAAUUUCAUCAGCGUAUGAUUUCAUGGAAAAGUUCCUCACUAAGGCAUGGAUAGCUGGCGAUGAGCUAUCCCUGGCAGACCUCUGUUGCGUUGCUUCAAUGAGCUCUCUGAAUGUAGUUAUGCCAAUUGAUACGAAGAAAUACCCGAAUAUAACAGCUUGGAUGAAAAGAUGCUCAGAAUUAGAUGUCUAUAAGAAGAGUAACGUGCCUGGUUUGACUGCAUUUAAAACUCUAUAUGAGAGCAAACUAUGAAAGCCAAUUAAAUAAAUCUUAUUCAAACAACUUUUAUUGUACCUGCUAAUUUGACCGGAUAAUGCGAUUGAUUUGAAGCACUGCGGUUUAAAAUGUGAUUGAAAUUGUUGAAAAAAAAAACAUAUUAUUGAAUUCACUUUGUAUUUAGUAAAAAAGGGUUGAGGGUACUUGUAUAUUUUGGCCUAUUAAAUAUAUAUAAAUCUGUAAAGUACGUUCAGGCAAUAAAGGUUACAUGAAAUAUA